UUCGUCUUCGUCUUCUUCCUUCUUGCUUGCUUGCUUUGUGCUUGCGUUUUUCGUUCGUGCCUCUCCACCGCCAACAAAACAACACAACACGGCUCAACUGACCGACUGACCAACAAGCAACCACAGCAGUCCAGACCACAGCAGUCCACAGCAGUCGAGACCACCUGCUCCCUUCCGCCAUGUACAGGCGGGAGAGGUCGGGAAGCAUCGGCUCCAACGCGUCUGUGUUCAGCACGGCGACGUUUGCCAUGCCACCCCCGUACCAACCCAACAACUACAGCUACAGCAGCACCACCAGCCCCGCAGUGGCCCCGCAGCAACAGCAGCAGCAGCAGCAGCAGCAGCAGCAGCCGAACGGGCAGAUGAGCGCAGAGCAGCAGCACGCGAUGAGCCAGCAGCGGCGCAUGCGCCGUCGCCACCACUCCCACUACAGCAGGCUCAUUGCUGCGUCAGAGAACACAUAUGGCACCACGGGCGUCGAUCCAAGCAGCUUUGAAUCCGCCGUCACCUUUGCCUCCCCAGUUGCCAUGGGCACGCCAGUGCAGAGCCGCAUUGGCCAGCAGCACCUGCAGUACAACCAAGCACAGGCAGCCCAAACAGCACAGCAGCCACCACCCGCCCUCUCGUUUCACGAACCAACCGCACCCUCGCAGGGUGAGCAACAGCUGCAGCCACAGCAGCCGCAGCAGCCAGCCAACCCUGUGGUGGUGGCCGAAGGCACUGUAGCAUCGUCAUCGGCAUCCCAGCAAGCCGCACAACAACACCCAACAUCACAGCCACCGCCAGUGACAGCCGCACCAGCACCGGCUGUCGGUGUGAAGCAAGGGCCGCCAGGUGCUGUGGCCUCGCAGGAACCCAGCACCGUGCAGCAGCCAGCUGUGCUCGACCAGCAGCAACCCGCACCACCACCGACCACCACCACCACGAUGGCGUCUGCGGAAGUGGAAACAGCAAGUACCGGUGCUCCCGCGCAAGACGACACCCUCUCUGUCACGCAGGAGACAGCUCGCCAGGUGAACGAGUACUGGCAACACCACUUCCGCAAGAUGAAGACGCACUACAAGAGCAUCAUUGCGCGCCUGCGGUCCAAGCAUCCCCAGCAGCACACCCUGCCGGCCCCGGAGGACUCGAAGCUUCACGAGCAAAUCUCCCACCUCGAAGCAACAACAAAGUGUCUGCGUGACGAGACGACGUCACUUCGACGGCGGUUGGAGAUUGCGCAGGAGAGCGCAGCGGAAGCAGCAGCAGCACGCGAGGAGGCAGAGACAAAGAGCAGGACGCUGCUGCAGGACCUGGAGUCCGUAUCCGCUGCACUGCGCGAUGCACAGGAGCAACAGCAACAGCAGCAAACACAGCAACAACAGCAACAACAGCAACAACAGCAGCAGCAACAGCCUGCAAGCAGCAAGCAAGGUGCAGGCAACGAAAGAGGGGAAGAUGUUGCGAAAGUGAGACGGGCAUUGGAAGAGGCGCAGCAGCAGAUCGCCGCGCUCCAAGCGGAGCUGACCCAAGCAAGGGAAACCCACUCCUCCCAGGAAGGACAGCUGCAAGCACACGUGCAGCAGCUGCAGGCGCAACUGCAGGCCAAGACGGAGGAGGCAGAGGACCUGGCACGCGAGAGCAAGCAGCGGUUCCAGCACAUGGAGGGCCUUCGUCAGCAGCUGGCGAUGACGCGACAGGAGGCCGAGGACGCACGUGGCGCCGCCGCCGCCGCCAAGAAGGAGCUGGAGGACAUGACGCAACGCGCUGCGCAGGACCAGCAGUCCGCCACGUCGAAGCUGCAGGAAGACCUCACCGCCGCGCAGCAGUGCGUGCAGGCAUGGCAGACGUAUGCUGCCGAGCUGGAGCAGAAGCACAAGGUGGACACAGAUGCACUCCAGCAGCAGCUACAGACAACGCAGCAGCAGCUGGAGCAAGCACAGGCGCAGGCUGCCGCUGGUGCUGGUGCGAGCGAGCGCGUGUUUGCGCUUGAGAAUGAGGUGGAGGAGUCCAAGGCCGAGGUGGAGCGACUACAGAAGCAGCUGAAGCGGUCGGACAAGCUGCACUCUGCGAAACUCAAGUCGUACGAGGCCGCCAUCGCCACGCUGGAGGAGGAAAUCAACACCAUGCGCGCAGGGGCAACCAGCCCAAAGACCGACCAACAGCAGCAGCAGCAGCAGCAGCAGCAGCAGCAGCAGCAGCAGCAGCAGCAACAACAAUCGCAAUCACCACCACCACCACAGCAACAGCAGCAAAAGCAGCAGGAGGUGGAAAGUGCAGUGGACGAGGGGCAGCUGACACGUGUGCACCAGCGCCUGAGCGGGCUGCUGGAGGAGCUGAUGAUGGCACACAAUGCACUCGUGGCCGCACACGCAACCACUACAGCAGCACACAUCGCACCCAUGUCAUCUGCAUCCAAUCCAACGACGGCAACAGACAACGGUGCUACCAGCGGCAAUGCCGGCGAUGGUGGCGAUGGUGGCAGCGUGCCGUGUGUUGUGGAUGCGCUGCUGCAGGUGGCGGACGGGCUCGAGGACCGCGUUAAAAGCAUGCAGGUGUGGGUGGAGGCGGCAGAGGCGGCAGCCACCCGUGACCGCGGCGAUGGUAAUGGCGAUCGUGGGGAUGAGGAUGACAUUGGCGUGAGGAACGAAAGCAGCAGUGGCGCAACCGCAACGAACACCGCCCAGCAGCACCAAGAACUGCAGCAACAACAACAGCAGCAGAGUGGCGGUGGUGAUGUUGUGCGUGUGCGUGAGCUUGAGGCCGAGCUCUCAGCAGUGCGAGCGGAGAACACACGCACGCGCGCAUCGCUGGAGCAGGCGGAGGAGGGCCUUGACCACGCACAGCGGCAGCUGACGGUGCGCUGGGGCGAAGCAACACAGAUGCAAAGCGAGAUUGACGCGUUACAGGCGCAAGCGGAUGCACUGAAAGGUGAGCUUGCGAACAAGGAGGCGGCCCACCGCCAUGCUGUGGCCACGCUCUCUGAGCAGCAUGAGGGCAUUGAGGGCGAGCUGCAGAACCAGGUGCAGGAGCGAAGCGGGGAGCUCGAGGCAACGAAGGCGGCGUUGGAGGAGGCAAGGCAGGCACUGGAUGGCGCGCGCGGAGACAAUGAGCGCAUGCUGGCUGAGAUUGGGGGGCUGAAGACUGCAGUGGAGACGGCGCACACCCGCACGGCAGAGCUGCAACGCGAGAAGGAAGCAGCGGAGGCAGAGAAGGAGCGAGUGGAGGAGGAGGUGCGGCAGCUCAGGGGGGCAGCAGAGACGAGCACGCGGGAGGGUGUGGAGAUGCAAGCAAGGGUGACGCAACUUGAAGAGGAGGUGAAGCGACUGCAAGGGGAGCUGGCUGCUGUGGAAGAGAGCAAGCGCACGGCCGUGGCAGAAGCAGAGGCAAAAGCUGCCCAAGACACGAGUGCUGCUGCUACUGCUGCUGCUUCUAACGCCACGCGCGUGGGUGAGUUGGAGGCAGCGCUGAAGGUGGCCGAAGAGGAGAAGGCAAGGCUUGAUGAACGCGUGCAGGCGCUUACGAAGCAAGUGGACGACCUGACGGCAACGGUUUCAGCAAAGGAGCAGGAGGUGCAGGAUCUGACGCAGGCGCACGAGGAAAGCAUGACGCAAUCGCUUUCGCAGAAGGAGGCGGAGUUGCGUCAGUCGUUUCAGGCGCACUACGAGCAGCAGGUGGCGACGAUUCUGGAAGGUGUGCGGGCAGAGCACGCGCGGGCGCUGGAGACAGCGGCAGCGGAGAAGGCAGAGGUGGGGACACGACUGAACGACGUGCAAGGACAGCUGGAGUCGACGAAGGAAGAGGUGGCGCGGGCGAAGCAGAAGGAGGAGGCAGCGGUGAAGGAGCUUGCUGCGCUGCAAGCACAGGCCGAGGAGCAAGCGAGGAAGGAGCAAGAGAGGGCGGAUAUAGACAGGAGGAAGGACGAGGACGAGGCAGCAAAGGCACAGCAGGGCGCACACGCACACGAGGCAGCCAUGGCGGCGGCCACCGCUGAGUCAGCACAACACAUGCAGACCAUCCAGCGUCUAGAGCAGCAAGUGUCAUCCCUCCGCGCCGACAACGAGCGACUGAGCAGCGACAAGGCGGCGCUGUUGCAGGAGAAACACGAGCUGGAUCUUGAGCGAACGCGGCUCACAGCACAGGUGGCCGGGCUCAAGCGAUCAAUGGAGCACAACGGUGGUGUUGGUGGCGGCCGUAAGGGUGUCAGUGGCAUUGACGUUGGUGGUGGCGGUGGUGAUGGGGAUGCGAUGAACGCGAGUGUGGUGUCGUCGUCGUCGUCGUCGUCGUCUCCGAGCAAGUUGGGGGGCGUGACGCGGCAGCUUGAAGCGCUGCGCAGUCAGCAGAUGGCGCUGGAGAAGGAGCUCGUGCAGAAGGAGGAGGAGGCCCUCGCCUGGGAACGCGAAUGCAGGGACCUCAAGUCCACGCUGCUGUCGCGGGAGGAGACGAUUGAAGAUCUGCGGGCAGCAGCGACGUCGGCCGAGACGGAGACCCGCUGCAUGGAGGUCGAGAGCGAGCUGCGGCGAGAGAAGCAGCGGACAUCGCAUCUUCGCGAGGAAAUUGAUUCGCUCAAGACCACGCUGCACCAGAUGCGCACCCUCUCCACGUCGCUCUCAAACAAGCACUACACCCCGCGCCGCCGCCGCGGUGGCCGUCGUCAACGUGAUGGUGGGAACGAGGAUGAGUGGUAUGAGCAGCACGGCAGCGAUGGUGAUGGGGAUGGUGACAGCGAUGAUGACGAGCGGAGCAGCUGGCGUAAGGAGAAGGAGAGGCUGACGGCGGAGAACAUGCGGCUGCAGCAUGAGGUGAGCGAGCUCUCGGCCAAGUUGGAGGCCAGCGAGUACGCCUGCGAUCAGCUGCGCCAGCACCUUGCCUCCACAGCCGCCAACCACCUCGACCCCGACGCCGUCUCCAAGAAGAUUCAAGACGCGAAGGACGAGAAGGACAGACUUCAACAACGACUCCGCGAUGAGACGGAGGUGCUGAAGCGGCAGUUCCAGGAGCAGCUGGACCGCAUGCACGAUGUGCACUCGUCCGAGAUUGCGCGGCUGCGCGAAGACAACGACCGCCUCAACCUUGAACUCCAGUUCUACGAGGAGGAGGCCACGAAGCACUACGAGACGCGCAUGCUGACAGUGGCUGCUGGGGAUAUGGACAGUGCGGCGGUGUCGUCGAAGCUGACGGAGCUGGGCGUCGUUGACCGUGGGCUGCAGUUUGUUCGUCUCGGCGAUGGCACGUAUCUCAUCAAGGCGCCGGAAUCCAUGGGCAAGAAGGCGGAGGCGCAGGUCAAGAUCCAAGUCCGCGGCGAGACGGUGCUUGUGAGGACCGGUGGCGGGUACAGCAAGCUGCAGGAAUACCUCAAGCGCCACUACCGCCCCUUGUUCGAAUCAUCGUCAUCGUCAUCGUCAUCAUCCACACGCCACAACCACAACAAGUCGCAGCGGAAGGACUGAUUUCAGUCUAGAGUACAUGGUUCACUGAAUUCAGUCGUUACCGUUUUUUCGCGGAGGAAAUAAGAGAAAACACUUUGC